UCGAGAGCUUUGUUUGGGACUUGUCUUUUUGCUUCAUUUCUUUUCCCUUGCUUUUGAUUUCGGUGUGAUAUCUUGCGUGUGCUUACCGCCUUUGUUGGGUGUUCUGGUUUGGUUGGCUGUGUUGAUAGGCAUUUCUCUACCUCCACCUCCGCCAUGUCCCUUUGGAAUGCAGUGCAUGCGUUUACAUGCCGCGCUUUUGCUACUCACUUCUUUUCGAUGCUUGUCCAGAGAUCCAGCAUACAUUGGCACGGUGGGGAUGGGUUAUGGGCUAUGGACUGGACACGGAGGUGGGAGAGGGACGAAUGGUUACGAGAUUGUUCUCUUGUGUGGUUCUUAAUGUCUCUUUUUUUUGCUCUUUUUCAUUCGACUCCGCACAUGCUUGGAAUACUAUAAAUGAUGAAUGGCUUUCUUUCUUAUCCCCUUUCCUCCUCUUCUAUUGUUCUACGCAUUUUCCUAUUGCGAUUGCGCUGCUACUGCGAGGGUUGCUUUUAUCGGUCUUUAUGGGGGGUUGCGUGCGUCUGGAGCUUGCUUGCUUGCUUGAACUUGCGUUGCGUGCGUGUUCGUUUUUUUAUGGUGUACUCUAUUCUAUCUUACGGAACCCUUUGUUUUGCUCUGCUCUGUUCUGUGGCGAGGGAAAGAUGUUCGAUAGCGCGCUCGUUUCUGUCUCUGUUUCUGUCGUUAUUCUUUGGGCUUGCGUUGGGCGGGUUGGGCGUAAUUGUGCGGUUGCUGUGAUUCUUCUGUCUCUGUCGUUUACUGUGUCUAUUGCUGUUGGUUGGUUGGGUGCACGAUACGAGGAGGGAAUGAAAGGGCGAGGAUUUGAUGGCGGGGGAAUGAGAGGGCGAGGAUUUGAUGGCGGUGGGAUGGUAUGGAGCCAGGUGGCGAGCGCUGAAUCCAUAAGGAUCAUAAGUAUGUGGCUCGGUGAUAAAUACUACUCUAUACUGUUUGCUUGAACUACCUAUUGCCGUAGAGUUUUGAGUCGAUGGUGGUGAUAACGCCGAUGAGACUGAUCACUGUUUCUCACUUGGUUCACUGCCACUCACUCACCCUUUGCCAACGAAUCUGUAGCGAUUGGCAUCAUUGCCUCAAAGAUCCCAUUCACUUCUUCCUCCAAAUACCAAUACUCCUCUUCCUCCCCCCAAUUUCAUGCACA